CUCCUGUCCUACCGGGUUAAAACAAAAAAAAAAAUGCAGUUAACGUUAUAAAUAAGACUUGAUAGCUGUUCAUUGUUUAACCAGGGGGGGAAGUGUUUUGUUUGUAAACCGACGUAUCUGCGUUGGAUAUUUGUACAAAUAUUGAACUUUGCUUUGAGUUGUGAGCAGUGUGUAAUAACAUGGCUCCAACGAUUCAGACUCAAGCUCAGCGAGAAGACGGACACAGUCGUCAGUCCUCACACAGAACUGUUCCGGAAAGGUCAGGAGUGGUCUGCAGGGUGAAGUACUGCAACAGCCUGCCUGACAUCCCCUUCGACCCCAAAUUCAUCACAUAUCCAUUCGACCAGCACAGGUUUGUACAGUAUAAAGCCACUUCUCUUGAGAAGCAGCACAAGCAUGAGCUCCUGACUGAACCAGACCUCGGGGUGACCAUUGAUCUCAUCAACCCAGACACAUAUCGCAUUGACCCUAACAUUCUGUUGGAUCCUGCUGAUGAAAAGCUGUUGGAAGAGGACAUCCAGGCUCCAUCCAGUUCAAAGAGGUCACAGCAGCAUGCCAAAGUUGUCCCGUGGAUGAGAAAGACAGAAUAUAUUUCCACAGAGUUUAACAGAUAUGGCGUUUCCAACGAGAAAGUGGAGGUCAAGAUCGGCGUAUCUGUCAAACAACAGUUUACUGAAGAAGAAAUCUACAAGGACAGAGACAGCCAGAUCUCUGCGAUUGAGAAGACAUUCGAGGAUGCACAGAAAUCGAUUGCACAGCACUACAGUAAACCAAGAGUUACCCCAGUGGAGGUACUUCCUGUGUUCCCUGACUUCAAGAUGUGGAUCAACCCAUGCGCUCAGGUCAUCUUUGAUUCUGAUCCUGCACCUAAGGACCAGUCAGCACCAGCAGGAGUGGAAAUGAUGUCUCAGGCCAUGAUCAGGGGUAUGAUGGAUGAGGAAGGAAACCAGUUUGUGGCCUACUUCCUGCCAAAUGAAGACACCAUUCGCAAGCGCAAGAGGGACUGUGAUGAGGGGAUGGACUACAUGCCUGAAGAUCUGUAUGAUUACAAGAUAGCCAGGGAGUACAACUGGAACGUCAAAAACAAAGCCAGCAAGGGUUACGAAGAGAACUACUUCUUCAUCUUCAGAGAUGGAGAUGGUGUUUACUACAAUGAGCUCGAGACGAGAGUGCGUCUGAGCAAGAGGAGAGCCAAAGCUGGAGCACAGUCCACCACAAACGCAGUGUUGGUGUGUAAGCACAGAGAUAUGAAUGAGAAAGAACUUGAAGCCCAGGAUGCGCGUAAAGCUCAGUUGGAGAAUCAUGAGCCUGAAGAUGAAGAGGAAGACAUGGACAAGGACAUGCAAGACUCCGGCGACGACAAAGACAAAGGCAGCGGCAGCGAGGCUGAGAACUCUGGCAGCGACUCGGAGAGGGAAGAUGAAGAACAGGAGCAAAGGGGAGAAGAGGAGGAGGACGAGGAGGAGAGGGCCAAGCGGAAGAGGAAGGAGAGCAUCAGCGGAAGCGAGAGCGGCGGAGAGAGAACCCGAGAAAUGCGAGACGAGGAAGAGAUCUUCGGAAGCGACGACGACAGCGACGACAACGAGCCCAAGAACUCAGCGAGGAGCAGUGGGGGGGAGGGCAGCGGGAGCGAGGACGAUGGAGGAAACAGGGGAGGCAGCAGGAGUCGCAGUGCAUCUCCGGCACGGAGCGACCGCAGCAGCGACCACUCGGAGAGGAAUCAGAGUGGGAGUGGUAGCGACAGAGGCUCAGAUUCCAGUGAUGCUAGUGACAGUGAAUAAGGUCAGGGAUCUGGACGAGGUGAUGGCCACCUGUCUCAUGUGUACGUAUGGCUCUACGCUGAACGUGAUAUUAUCCAAGUCUUGGACUGUAGUUUUUUGACGACGCAAAUGAAAUCAGAUACGUUAUUAAUGCGUGAUGAUCCCUUCAACACAGUUUUUUAUUUGUAGACUUCACUUGCCCACAGGUAGCUAUAUGUACGCCAUUCCUGUGUUUUUUGUCUAUCACAUAUUCAGUACAAGAUCAUGUAAAAAUGUCUUUGUUCUCCCAGUUUUUGACGUGUCAUGGUAACACGGCAUUGACCUGUUAAUAAAAAGGUGACAUUUUGUAAGAAA